AUGGUAGCAACGGUGAUCCCCGAUGGACUACUACCGAGAACUGUGCCCUUCACAGGUUCGCGGGAAGAUCCUAUUCAGUUCUCCUUAUGGCUCCGCCGUUUGAAGGACGUCAUGCGUAUGAGGUCCACCACAUGGACGACCCAACCGAAAGCCUAUUUCCUCACAGGCUAUCUGGAUGGAGUGGCUAGGGAGAAGUUGGAGGAACUAACCGAUGAGCGGGACGAUCAUGUGGUCGUCGUGGAACACCUCAAGAGGACUUUUGAAGGCCCUCCUAGGUACACGGCGCGUCAGGCGCUCGCCUCGUGUCAGCAGCAAAUUUCUGAAUCUGCUUCCACGUUCGCGAACUGCUACUUUUGGUGCGGGCCGCUAUGGCUGACUCCGCCCCGACCUCCGCUAUUACGUCAAGCCCGACAACCCAACUACGUUCGAGCAAGCGGUAGCGAGAGCGCAGAUGGUGAAGCAGCUACUCAGGGAAGCUCAUCGGGUCGGCUCAUGAGACCUUCUCUAGGGCCCCGCACUGUCGAGCAGACAGGAAAGAACCCGAUCCGGUCAAGAUCCCCGGUAAAAUGCUUUGAUUGCGGCGAAGUAGGUCAUCUUUCUCGUCAAUGCCCAUCCCCUCGUAACUCACAGGGUGACACAGGUAAGCCUACCGCUCGUAGUUCUCCCCGUGGUCAUGGUUUUUCGCGUUUGCCUCGCAAUUAUGCCUCACCUUCACGUUACGAUCGGGAUCGCGAGCUACCGCAAGCCCGUGAACAGGUCAAUGCUCUAUCUAUUUCUCUACAAGAAAAUAAGUCAGCCUUAGAAAAAACGGACGCCAGAGUUACAGCCUUAGUUCGACGUAAUGAAGAGCUGGCUAGAUCCACUUAUGGUCAUGUUCCUUCUUCAUCAUUUUCACUUCCUAUGCCUCAGGUUAAUCUUUUGCUUCCUUUGUCGAUACUUUUGUGUGCAAGUUUUAGUGAGGCACUUACCACUCCAGCGUGGCUCUGCCCGCACAGUCCGACAGAUGCACUAGCUCGUAUUCCUACUCAUUACAAUUGCUCUCAAGUAAUUCUUCCUAGUGAUGGGCCACCUCGCCCUUUUCUCCCCAUAUUUACCGUCCUAAUACGCAACGGUGCGAUACGCUAG